CUCCUGUUUGUUCUUUCCCGAAUUCCCCAGCGUCCACCUCGCUCGCAACCUUCCCCCAGCCAUGGCGACCGCGACGCGGAGGCUGCUGCCCGCGCUCCUCAAGACCCUAGCACCAGCCGGCGCGCGCGGCCUCUCCACCGAGAAGGCUGUCGGCGCCGCCGCCGUCGUCGGCAGCCACACCGCUAAGUGGAUGCAGGACACGAGCAAGAAGUCACCAAUGGAACUGAUCAACGAGGUACCUCCAAUCAAGGUUGAUGGUCGCAUUGCUGUCUGUGAAGGGGCUUCUGAAGGUGUUGGACUUGGCCACCCGAUCGAGUAUAUCUGCCUUGAUCUGGAGGCACCUAAUGUAUGCAAAUACUGCGGUCUCCGUUAUGUUCAAGUUCACCAUCACUGAACAGGGAAGAUACUGCCAUUUACCGCUGCAGAAGUUUGGAGUUGAGGAGUUUGUGCAUGCACAUUUGUUUCACAAUGUUCUGCUACUGCUAGUGUACUUUGUACUAUGCUUGAGGGCAAAAUAUUACCUUUGAUGAUCAUCCUCUUUUCGGAUGACCUUUUAAUAAUCCUGUGUUAACUGUGGGUUGAUUUUUCUAUAGAUGAAUUGUGCUCCCCUUUCAGAACACUAUGCAAGCUGUGUGCCUGUGUGUAUUGAAAUCCAACUCUGAAUAUGAAAAGUAUAGAAUUAAUUCUGAGGGCAAUUUAAUCUCAGAAGUUUUAAUUUUCUGGA